AUGGAGUACUACCCUCAAGGCACCACCGUCUCAGAAUGGCCCCUCAUUGAAGAAGACGAGGACAAAGGCGGUUUUUUUGUUGUCCAACCUCAACAUGACCCACAUAGCCCCCAUUUGGCGUCCAGCCCAGUUUCCUACCAGCCGCUUUCAUACUUCGAUAGCAGUGGUCAGCAAAAUGUCUUCACCGGCUACCAUCAACACGAAACUCCCUCUAGCACUAUCCUCAGCGGAGUGGAUGCAAACCAUCCGGCCGCUUUCGCUAUCCCUACAACCCAAAAAACCACCAGAAAACAUUCAGACCGCUCGGGCAAAGCCUCAAGUUUUCCGGAGCAUAAAGGGACUACUCAGGUCUCUUCCAGCGGCUCUCAUCCCAGGAGCCCUUCGAAUUAUCCCUACAAUGAGACGACCGUUGCAUCUGUCGGUGAAGGAAGGUCAACGGGAGCUUUGAUCUCUUUUUUCCAAGACAUAUUCUCGCCACAACCGUCAAGGCAGCGACAGCAUCAAGUUGAAUCCACGUCUGCUGGAAGCUCUACCAAAAACGAGGCUCGACAUCGCGAAUCUUCUUCCGGAGAAAAGACCCAUAGAUCUAUGGGCUCUACGCGUCGACCAGACAAGAAAAGACAUAGCCGUAGCACCAAAUCGCCUGAAAGGUCCACGGAAAAGGCGCCUGACACCAAAAAGCUCCAAUCGAAUUCAUUCGAACCAUCCCUGGGAAAGAAAGAUGCGAAGGAACUACAGCAACCAACGCCAGCGGCACAGCCAGAACGAUUCAACAAUCUGGGUAGUUCUUUUGCGCAUACUGAAGAAGGCCAAAGGUCUUCCGUUUUCAUUGAUGACAGGGCGAUAGUCCAAGAACCAGAAGGUUAUUAUCGACCCAAAACCCGGGAUAAAGGGCAGAAGGACCAACAACAGCUCGAUCCAUAUCAGUCGGUGCGUACGAGUCGUGAGAGGGAAGACAUCACUACGAAAUACUAUAGGCAAAAGCAAAAGACCGCCGAGUUGGAACAAGAAGUUGCCAAUUUGGAGGAUGAGAAUGACACUCUUCGAGAUCUCUUGAGCAAAGAGGCUGCAUCAAAAAAUCUGAUGAGUGGCACAGGGACAGGUAAAUGUCACUUGCAAGACAGCGACAUCUAUCAGCAAUGGAGACAGUUGGCCUGGUGGAUUAGACAAUGUGUUCAUGUUGCGAACAACGCCAGCAAGCAAAACUAUACAGAGGGAACAACAGAUCGCAGCCGCCAGGUCGACGAUCACAAGGAGAAGUCGUCGCCGAAAAAGCGUUCAUCUCGUUCAAAAUCGAAAUCACGAAGAGAGACGGCCGAAAAGGAAAGCCAUAGCGGAAAUAUGGAGGCUUUGAUAGCGAUCACUCCAUACUACGAUGCGUUUCUUGACACUGACAAGCAACGGAUAGUGUUGGCGGAGGCCGCAAUUUGGAAGACACUGCUGGAAAAGGGUAUCUUUACCACACGUUCCACUAUCAGUCGCAUGGAAUGGGCCGGGAGAUAUGCGCACAGCGUACGCCCAAUGCUGGCCGAUUGCUUCGAACGUUGCCGCACAUCCAGGGAAUUCCACAGCUGGCGGUGUCACACUGCAACGUUCCUCGCAUCGCUAACCUCGGCGGAUGAUCUGCUCGUCCAAGUCAAUCCGGUAGUUGAGAUUCUGAAAAGCAAAUUCAAGCUUCUCUUUGAUAUUGAAAGCGCCGUCGUAAAUCACGAUCUCAAGAACAUAGUACUCAACGCCUUGAAACUCGACAAGCAACUCUGCCAGCAACAGGCACUCUGGUACUGUGAUGACCCAUCGGAGGACGCUUGGGCCAGUCCAACUCAGUGUGAGAGUGGCGAUGAACUUUCAUCAGCUGCCUUGAAGUUGAGAAGCAGAGAAGUGUGGUUCGAAGACAGGCUCAUGGUGGUGACUGGCGCAAAGAAGAAGAAACUCGGGAAGAGCGCAACAGUGACUCUAAUCAUAUGCCCAGCACUGAUCAAAGCGGGUAAUUCGUAUGGAGAGGACUACGACGUGCGGCAAGUCCAAGCCAAGUGCGAGGUCGUUAUAUCGAGGAACGCUCCAAAGCUGGCCACAUCCGCACCAAGGUCAAAACCAACGUCGCCGUCAUCCUCGAAAGUGACACUCUCGCCGUCAGCAGCGCCCACAUCAGAAACCCAGUCGAGGUCAAAAUCAUGGCCAGUAAGGGAUAAUGGAUAUAACCAUGAGCAAAAUGCUAGCACUCGCGUUGAAUUCGACAUGAGCGGUAACAGCAGCGAGGGCUCAGACGACCGGGAAUGA